AUGGAUAUAAGUGGUGAUAUCUCAGUUCCAAGUGGUGAAAGUCCAAUUGAGGCCACUUCUCUGGACACAUUGGAUAUAAGCGGUAGUGGUGAUACUCAUGCAAAUUUGGAGUCACCUUCACCUCGAUCUAGCUCUCAUGUAACUGUUAACAAAUUAUCUUCUCAGGCCGAUCCUUUCAUCAAAACUCAGCAUAGAGCAGGAAUCAUGGCAGCCGUUAACAGUGUUCAGGUUAUGGCAUUUCUUCUGUGCGGAAUGUUUCUAUCUGGUGUCCCAAUGUUUCCAGCAAUUGGGGCAUGUCCACAAUAUUGCUAUGACGUAGAAUCCAUGACUUGCAAUGGCACAGACAAUCAACCGCGUUGCAACUGUUGCCUGGCCGGAAAGGGCUGCACCCUUCACCUUGCUAAUGGAGUGUCAAUAUAUUGUUAA